AUGGCAGCCUAUACCUCGGAUCGCCUUGAGGUGCGACACAUAUCAUUCCUCCAACGGGCGGUUUUAGGAGGAAUCACCAGUAUUGCGGAUGCGCACAAUCUCACUUGGAAACUGGCCUACGUACUGAAGGGGAAGGCAGACCACUUGUUCUUGCGAUUACACGAGACCGGGCGAGAACCAAUUGACGAGUUCACUGCCCUUCAAGCAUGCAGCAGAUUCCAAAUUCGUGUGGUCCUACAGCCAUCACCUGCCCCUGAAGUGCAAGAAAUUGCAGUUGAGCUUGGCUACCGAUAUCUUUUUGGAGCAUUUCUUUCCGAAGACAACUAUGAACCGCCUCAGAGAGCUUCAGGAUUACCUCGAUCAACCCAGCAUGGUGGCUGGCUCUCGAUUCCCACAAGUCUUUUUCGUUGA